GGGACUGUGUUACGCUAAAGCUUGAAAGUGAAAGUACUGUGAUCUUUUGUUUUACUAUUUGUUUGGUGAGAAAUAUCAUUUUUUGCCGCAAGGAUUUCUGACCCAUAGUCUGCUACGCAUUAACAAAAACCUCUGCGUAAUGAAGACCUGAGUCGUAAAGCGUUAUGGAAGGCGAAGACCUGCGUACAUGGAAGAAUAAACUCUCAGAACAUCAUUUGGGGCCGGUGGCGGACGGCCUGUGUAUUAAGAACGAACCCCUUGCGAGAAUGCAGUGCCAGCUUGCAUCUGUAGGGCAAGAUCCAGGUGCUCAGAUUCAUGGACAUCCACCAUGGGAUCCAUCAGAAAUCAAACGGGAGCCAGGUAUGGGCAUCGACUGUCAGGGACAUCAAGGACAUGGGCCUGGUCCAGGAAUGGAAAAUUUCUCACCACCAAGAGAUUUUAACCCAGGAAAAGUAACAGGCUGUUUAUUAAUGUGCGGUCAGACACCUACCUUAGUAUUCGUGGAGGGUUCUUGGCCCGGUGGGCCGAACGGGGGAGGUGGCGACGGGAGCGGCAUUCCCGGAGGUCCGCCUCAGCUGCAGGGACAUCCCGGAAUGCACCUCCAGCCACACCCGGGUCCCGGCCCGGUCCCCGGAGGCCCACCUUACCCACCGGGCCUGCCGUGGCAGUACCAGUGCCCGCGCUGCGACCGCCGCUUCGCGACCCUCCAGGAGCUGCGCUCGCACGAGCCCGGCAGUGGCGUGCUCUGCCGCACGCCUACCAUGGGCCCACCGCCCGUGCCUCCCGGUCCCGGCAGUACGAGGGGUGGCCUCGCACCCCGCGGGCGAGGCGGCAGAGGUGGCGGGCGUACCCCGAGGAAGAAGAAGGCACCCGGUAGCAGUGGUGGCCCGGGUCGAGCUGGAGGAGACAGCACGGAGACCAAGGAGGAGCCGACCGGUAGAUUCGUGUGUUCUGUCUGUGAGAAGGUUUUCUCCGAAGAGCAGUAUUAUGACGUUCACAUGCGCAUGAAUACCUUCAAGCCAUUUCCGUGCACAAUAUGCAAGUCACACUUUGGAUCGGAGUCAUCACUCAGCAAUCAUACAAAGCACUUCCACAAGGAGAAACACAAGUGCCCAUUCUGCACUCGUCAGUAUACAUGGAAGAUAAGGCUCCACAACCACAUGAAGGAGCACAUGGAAGAGCAGAUUCUGGUCGGCGUGUUUGGAACGUGAAUAAGUGCCAGUCAGUAAAUGUAAUGGUUCACUUCUAAUGUGGAACACGUGGUCUGUGCACAGGAACAGUUCACGUCUUGUAGCUGUAUAUCUUCUGGCUGUAGGCAAGAAUGAGUUCUUUUUUUAAAAUGCGGCCUAGCUGUACCUGGCUUUUUGGGGGCAGUAAAAGGAGGCUUGUUUAAGUAGCAAUGGCAAUUAGCAUCCAUUAUAAGUGUACUGACUGAGAACACUGGAGCAGGUUAGCUGUCAUUAUUGUGGUACAUAUAAUUCUUUAUAUUUCUGUUCUCGAUUUGAUGCCAAGUAUCAGGAAGUUACUAGUUAAAUGAAAUUACUGUAUAAUGUGCAUACGUGCAAUGCUUUUCUUGAAAUACGUCAAUGAUCUGCUACAGUUGUUAAAAAUGAUUCAAAUGGCUCUAAGCACUAUGGGAUUUAGUAUCUGAGGUCAUCAGUCCCCUAGACUUAGUACCACUUAAACCUAACUAACCUAAGGACAUCACACACAUCCAUGCCCGAGGCAGGAUUUGAACCUGCAACUGUAGCAGCAGCGUGGUUCCGAACUAAAGUGCCUAGAACCACUCGGCCACAGCAGUUGGCUACAGUUGUUCUCUUCACAGUGACAUACGGGCUAUUGUGAAAGACUCGGAAUGGAAUGCAAAUGAGCUGACUAAUAGGAUAAUUGGUAACAUCAGCAUGUGGUUCUUUUCAGAGAACAGAUUAGCACUUAAACGUGGCAAAAUGCAGUUCAUG